AUGGCCCGUAAACCAGAAACACAGCUCUUGAAUGCCCCAGAAGAUGUCAUUUCUGCCGUGAAGUUUUCACCAAAAACGAAUAAGUUUUUACUUGUAUCGUCUUGGGAUACUCGUGUGCGGUUGUACGACGUGGUUACCAACACGGUGCGGCUUCAGUUCAGCAAUUCAUCUCCAGUGUUGGAUUGUGCCUUUUUGGACUCGUCUAAAACAGCUACCGGUGGUUUGGACAAUUUGGUCAAACUGUAUGAUCUGACCGCGCAAGCGGAGAGCAUGCUUGGCAGUCAUGGGGCUGGCGUAAAGUGCGUUGAAUACACCUCACUGUUGAACGGAAUACUCACCGGGAGCUGGGAUCGAACGGUGAAGCUUUGGGACGCACGGGAGAAGGAAUGUGCUGGCACGUAUGAACAAAGCAAUGGCAAAGUGUACUCCAUGAGUUGCGCCGAGGAAAAACUAGUCGUAGCCACGUCGGAGCGGAAAGUUCUAAUCUGGGAUCUGCGAAACAUGAAAACCUAUGUCGAACGCCGUGAGUCGUCGCUUAAGUAUCAAACGCGCGCCGUGCGCUGCUUUCCGAAUGUGGAAGGAUAUGUGAUGAGUUCUAUCGAAGGACGGGUCGCAGUGGAGUACUUCGAUCCGAGCCCCGAAGUGCAAAAGAAGAAGUUUGCAUUCAAAUGCCACCGGGCGAAGGGAAAUGACAUAGAGCUGAUUUAUCCCGUAAAUGCGAUCAGCUUUCACAGCGUAUACAAUACAUUCGCCACUGGCGGCUCGGACGGAUACGUUAAUAUAUGGGAUGGGUUCAAUAAGAAGCGACUGUGCCAGUUCCAUUUGUACGAUAGCUCUAUCUCCAGUCUAUGCUUCAGUGAUGAUGGUAGCACAUUGGCGAUCGCUUGUUCGUACAUGGAAGAAGCCGAAAAGCCCCCAGAACCCUAUCCAGAGCCUACUCUGUAUGUGCGUUACGUUAACGAACAAGAGACUCGACCGAAGUAGGUAG